UCUGUUGCAUGUUUAUUUUUUGAUAUUAGCCGGUGUUUUUCGAGAAAUUUCAUUAAAUUUAAUUGUAAAAAUGUUUGCCAGAGUGAUAAAAAGUGCAAUUACGAGUCCAAGACUUGUCUUAAUUUCCACAAGAAAUUGUUCAGCAUUUACUCAAGUGACGGAAAAAGAUGGAAUUCGUGAAAUUAGACUCAAUAACGAGAAAACCAAAAACUCCCUUUCGCUCCAAAUGAUGAACAAUCUCAUCUCCGACAUCACUCGUGACGAAAACAACGAAACUUUACGUGCCAUCGUUCUCUCAUCCACGGGAAAUGUCUUUUCCGCCGGUCACAACUUGAAAGAACUUACCAAAGAAUCCGGACCAGAACAUCACAAAGCAGUUUUUACACGUUGUGCGGAUUUAAUGCUCGCCAUAAUGAAUUCACCGGUGCCAAUAAUCGCCAAAGUCGAUGGUCUCGCAACGGCAGCUGGAUGUCAACUUGUAGCAACUUGUGACAUUGUUGUCUGUUCGGAACGCAGCAAAUUCUCGACGCCUGGUGCGAAUUUCGGGAUUUUCUGUUCGACACCGGGAAUUGCCUUGGCUCGGGCAGUGCCACGUAUGCAAGCGAGUUACAUGUUGCUAACGGGACUGCCGAUUGAUGCGAAAGAAGCCAAAAACAGUGGAUUAGUGACGGAUGUUGUGCCAAAGGAAGAGCUGGAUGCGAGAGUUGAGGAGAUUUGUGAAGCAAUUAAGCACAAAAGUCGAUCUGUGGUUGAAUUGGGAAAGAAAUUCUUUUAUGCGCAGUUGAAUUUUGACGUGAAAACCGCGUAUGACUUGGGCGCGCAAACGAUGGUGUCGAAUUUGAAGAUGAAAGACGGGGCAGAGGGCAUUCAGAGCUUUGUGGAGAAGAGAAAGCCCAAGUGGAGUCAUAAAAAUUAAUAAGAGGGGUAACGGGAAAAAAGACAGAAGAAGCAUUUAUUUUUAGCAGAAUAAAUUUUUUACUUUGAAAAUUUGACGAAAAUUUAAUUUUUUUUGUUUG